UUGGACAAGAAGUUAUCAUUGAAAUUAAAUGGUUAUAGACAUGUCCAAAGAAUAUUGUGGGGAUUUGAUCUCUUUAAGAAUCUUGGGAUAGAUGAAUGUGUGGAGAUAGCAACUAGACAGAACAAUAUUGGAAUGGUGGUAAUACAAGGAAAUAGUAUUAUCAUGUUAGAAGCCUUGAAACGAGAAUGUCUGCAUUCACAAGAGAAAUCAACUGCUUCCACAUGUCCCCUCUCCACAGCACCUGUUUUACCACAAAAUAAAAAUUGGGUCAUGCACAUUUUCAUAUUGAACUUGUUGUUAAAUAAACUUUUGAAAUAG